CAGUACCACGUGUACUGUGUUGACUGUCAAAGCGUCAAGGAGCCCAAUUCCCGGAAGCUGUGAGUUCUAAAAGAAGUUCCUGUACUCUAGUGUCCCGACUCUGCGAACCCCCAAUCAUGAGCGCUCCGGGAGUGCUCUCCUUUACCCAGCAAGGCUGGGAGCAGGUGCUGGCCAAAGUGAAAUGGGCUCUGGUCUAUCUGGACGCCGCCUGCGCGGAGAGCUUGCACUGGGGCUGCGGAUCCACGCGACUCCUGGAGGCCGUGGGAGGGCCUGCGUGUCACCUGCGGGAGUUCGAGCCCGCAGCUGUCGGUGGUGGAGCCGAGCAGCCUAAGGCAGUGUUUGUGCUGAGCUGCCUGCUGAAAGGCCGGACCGUGGAGACCCUGCGGGAUAUCAUCUGCCGCAGUCACUUCCAGUAUUGUGUGGUGGUCACAGCCGUGAACCACGCUAUCCACCUCACCGCUAAUCACGUGCCGGCGGCUGCCGCGGCAGAGCUGGAAGGGCAGCCGGUGUUCGAGCAACUGGAGGAGAAACUGUGUGAGUGGAUGGGCAAUAUGAACUACACCGCCGAGGUGCUGCACGUCCCGUUGUUGCUCGCACCUGUUGCUCCCCACCUUGCCUUGACUCCAGCCUUUGCUUCCCUUUUUCCGCUGCUACCCCAGGAUGUGCAUCUCCUUAACAGUGCCCGACCAGACAAGAGGAGGCUAGGAAGCCUGAGUGAGGUGGAUGCCACCGCCCUGCCCCCUGAGCUGCUUCUGCAGAUCAGGUGCCUGGUGUCAGGCCUCAGUUCUCUGUGUGAACAUUUAGGGGUGCGGGAGGAGUGUUUUGCUGUAGGUUCCCUCAGUCGGAUCAUCGCUGCAGAUCUGGCUAAUUAUGGCCCUGCCAAGAACAGGAGGAAGACUGCCACAGGCAGGGCAUCAGUGGUCUUUGUAGACAGAACUCUGGAUCUCACGGGAGCAGUUGGACAUCACGGAGACAACUUGGUAGAGAAGAUCAUUUCAGUGCUUCCCCAGCUUCCAGGCCACACCAACGAUGUGAUGGUUAACAUGGUGGAGCUUACGGCACUCCAGAAUGAGGAGAAAAAUCAGAGUAUGGUUGCACCAGGCUGUCUUGCACAAUCCAAUGACCCAGCUGCCAGAGCUCUGUGGGAAGCCUUACUGAGCACCAAGCACAAAGAGGCAGUGAUGGAAGUCCGGAGACAUCUAGUGGAAGCAGCAAGCAGAGAAAACCUGCCAAUCAAGAUGAGUAUGGGGAGAGCCACUCCGGGGCAGCUCAUGUCCUAUAUUCAGCUCUUCAAGAACAACGUCAAAGCUUUAGUGAAUCACUGUGGGCUCCUACAGCUUGGGCUGGCCACAGUUCAAACUCUGAAACACCUGCAGACUGCCAAGUGGGACAACUUUCUGGCUUUUGAAAGACUCCUUCUCCAGAGCAUUGGGGAGUCAACAAUGUCUGUUGUGUUAAAUCAGCUGCUGCCCAUGAUUAAGCCUUUGGACCAGAGGACCAAUGAUGACUACAGCCCUGAAGAGCUGUUGAUCCUCCUGAUAUAUAUUUAUUCUGUCAGUGGAGAGUUCACAGUGGACAAAAACCUGGGGGAAGCUGAAGAAAAAGUGAAGAAAGCAUUGGCUCAGGUCUUUUGUGAAGAGUCUGAAUUGUCACCUUUGCUACAAAAAAUCACAGGCUGUGACUCUCCAAUUAAGCUGACAUUUCACAAAUGCAAAAUUACUACAGAUGAGCUCUUCGCCUCGCUUCGGGAUAUCGCUGGAGCUCGGAAUCUCAUGAAACAGUUUAAGUCUGUAUAUGUUCCUGGAAAUCAUACCCACCAGGCAUCCUAUAAGCCAUUGUUGAAGCAGGUUGUGGAAGAAAUAUUUAAUCCUGAGAGGCCAGAUCCAGUGGAUAUUGAACACAUGUCUUCAGGCCUCACUGAUCUCCUUAAAACUGGAUUCAGCAUGUUUAUGAAGGUGAGCCGGCCUCAUCCCAGCGACCACCCUCUCCUGAUCCUCUUCGUGGUGGGCGGGGUCACGGUCUCAGAAGCCAAGAUGAUCAAAGACCUUGUGCCGUCCCUGCAGCCAGGAGCCCAGGUCAUCGUGCUGUCCACGCGACUCCUGAAGCCACUUAACAUUCCUGAGCUGUUAUUUGCCACUGACCGGCUGCAUCCAGACCUUGGCUUCUGAGUGGCUGCUAAGAGGAGACCUGCCCGACGUGGAAACACCCAUCCUGUUGCCUGCCACCAUUCAAGAUAUGCCUCCAAACCCAGUGUCCUCUUGCUAAUUGUGGGGAGGACAGAAUUCUGCCCCAAAGGUCUUGAGCAAAGUGCGAAGAGCAAACCAUGUAGCAAAGUGCUUUGCUUGGACUGCCAGCGAGUCUUAAAAAAAAAAAAAAUUCAUUUUUCUAAAGGUGUCUUUCAGCUGGCUUCAUUCGACAUAAUUCCCAUUUCUCUGCUUGUGAUCUUCCUGAUUCCAACUGCAAGCUCCUGAAUUCUACAUAAACACCUGUUGGCAAGUGUUGGUAGCUUACAAGCUAUUUGAUCUGCAGUUGCUCAAGAAAUUAGACAUGCUUUAGUAUUAUGAGUGUGAAGAAAGUUUGAUUUUCCUUAAGAUUAUGUAACUGGGGAGGGUACAUUGCAAAUUGGAUCUGAGCGCUUGCUGAAAAGGCAAGGAACGGAGGGGUUAGCAGCUAGAGCCGUGCUAGUAGCCCACCGGCCACAUAACUUGGCCUGUCAUUACAAAGGGCGGCAUUGUCCCCGCGAGCCCACCGGGCGGGGUCCCCAGUCUACUUGCAACAGUAGUGGGACAGAGGUUGAUUGGAGGGCUGGCUCUGCCCAUAAAAGCUUUCCUCCCCUCCCAAAGGAAGGCCCCCAUAAAGGUUUCUGGUCCAGGGAGCCUAGAUGGGAACCCCAGCCCCUGGGACUUUUAUGAAUUAGUGUUUCUAUUGAAAUAGAAAGCUCUCUUUUCAGUUUGUCUCACUUUUCCUUCUGGUCAUGGCAGAAAAACCUAGACCCAACUAGGGAAAUUAUUUAAGAACUCUGGCAAAAAUGAACUGCUUGGAACCCACACAUUUGUAGGUGUAUGGUUCAUGGAAAUUUCUAGCAUCUCUAAAAGAUGUGUGUAAUGAAGAGAGAAAGCUGAAAAACAGUUCUAGAGUGGAUUAAACAGGUGGGCGAAGUAAAAUGUAAAUCAAAACACUCGUGUCUCGGAUUUUAGUUCCCUGUAAAAUGUUAUUUUAUGAAAAAACCGUGAAGUUGGAAAUCAUUCUGAGAUGCAAAGCAAGUUUUAUAGACACCAGUGUUCUUUUUUUUUGGUCCAAGUAUGUUGUCUACCUACUACCAGUGGUGCUGAUACUAGAGAGCCCACAUGCUUCUUUCAUUCCCCUUAUCUAGAAUUUCGAAUCUGAGUAAGGGAGAAAAAUGGCGAUAGCCCGAAAGAAAUGCUAAUUAAAGCAGAGAUCACUCUUUUUUAAAAUUAGAAAAAAUAAUAAUAAUAACAUGUUACGUGUGUCAAUGUGCAUUCAUUCAUUUCCACAUACUGAGUGGCAUGUUCCGGGCACUCUGUGAGGUUCUGGUCACCCUGGUGAGGGAGCCAGAUGCGCCCCUGACUCUGGGGCUCUCGCAGACUGAGCAGCUGGGGCUUCUCCCGGUGCUCUGGCUCCGUGUGAGUACCUGCUCAAGGUAAAGUCCUACGCCAUACGUCUGUAUGCAAAGGAAACUCUCUGGAAAUUUAAAAACCAAACUGCUAAUAAGUAGUGACCUCUGGGAAGGAGUGUAGGUGGGAGGGCUCAGAAAAAGGGGAGUCUCGCUCUUGAUAGACUUCUGUGUUGUUUGAAUGUUCUCCACAGCAAACCUGUGCUUGUGUAUUACUUUUGUGGCUUUCUGUAUUUUGCAAGUUAAUUUUGUCUUUUCAAAGCUCCUAAUCUGGAAUUACACAAGAAGGAAGUCCCUGAUUGUAAAUGGGUCAUCUAGCAGUUACUGGGCCCCCAAAGGCAGUGUGGUAGGAGGAAAUGUCUGUGAGGCGGGAGGAAAUGUCACACGUUAGGCUUAUAACCGUCUUCCAUCUCCAUGGUCGCCGGCAGGAGGCACUGAGCUAGGCAGGCAAUCAGGUAGCGGAAGGCUUUGGACAAAAGAGAAGGUUCACGGUGACUGGAGUUUGUUUUGAAUAAGAAGGUAGGAGACACAGGACAGAGCACUACUCCUUGAAUUAAAAGCAGGAGCAUAAUGGAAACUUGGUAUAAAUCCUACAAAGGGCCUUCAUCAGAUAAGGAAAAAGAAGGGACUCGGGAAGUGGCAUGUUGAACCCUUGACGCAGCCUCCUAAACCCUCUCUGGUGUUGCCUCCUUCUUGUCCUCACUGCCCAGGAGAGGAUGAGGGAGAAACGGAUCAUGCUCUUGACCUCCUUCGAAGGUGUGAACAGUGCUCCAAACCGCAGCGUGGGUCUCGUCAAGCCUCAGUGCCUCCAUGUGGAAAAUACAGCAACGCCCGCAAGGUACCUACCUCGUGAGAGAGGUGGCCAUAGAGGGCCGCCAUCCCUAACAGUGCUAGCGUGUGACGCCAAGGGCCGGGGGUUUUGACUAGCCAGGACGCCGAGCAAGUCACCUCGCAAAACGAUCAAGUCUCAACAGGAGAAUAAUGUCAAAUGAAGAGAACAUUAGAGGCAUUUCCAGGGUCCGCAGAGAAGGAGUAACACCUCGGUCCCGCAGACUUCCCGGAUGGUGCAGCCCAGAGGCCCGCAGCGGUGCCCAGAGCCCCAGCCAGUGGCUGCAGGUUCCAAGCCCCGCUCCUCCGCCCUGCAGCUCACUUCUGGUCGCAGUUGACUACAAAAUUGGACAAUCAUAGGGCCUGCCUCAGCGGGCCGCUGAGAGAAUGAAAAUGAUAAAUCCGCGGAAAGCCCUUAGAACACGGCACAAGGCAAGCUAGCCAAGGGUAUAUCAGAAUCACCGUGAUCGACAGUAACUGUCUGACGAGGGCUCACACGGGGCCUUAGGUCUCUAUGAGAAAUUUCUCCACCACUAAGGCUAACUGCAAAGCCGUCUGCGUGGUUCUGCAGUGGGCCUCCUGAGACUGACGCCCAUUUCCACCACAUGCCAGUGGACCAAUUCUGGAGGGAUUCCGGCUGCGUGGAGGUGGCUUGAAAGGCUGAGCUGAGUGGGAGUGCUGGUUCCAUCGCUUGGGCCUGGCUCUGAGUGUUUACCACCUGAACUCUGGCUGUCCGGAGCCAAAACACGCACACACAAAUGCAAACCCUCUGCCAAGGGCCUCGCAGGCCACUCUUUAUAAACACAAUUGAUAGAGGUGUAAAUACUGGGCAGCAAUUGACUUCUGCCUUUGUAAACCCUCCUUCUGGAGUCCACUUCCCGGCAAACAUAGCGGGCACAGCGAAGUGUUUGGAGGUGCUCAGGAGCUGCGUCAGCCGAGGGUUGUCCCCAGAGGGCCAGGGCGAUGGAAAUGGCUCUGUUUACACCAGGGCGCCGACCGUUAACAGUGUUAUCCCAACAACAAAGAAUUCCAUCAGGCUCCCCUCAAGACCACUAUUAUUUAUUUUACCCUGGUCACCAGAAACCGAAUCUCAACAACAAAUAAUCCAAUAUUAUGAAUGUUGUCCGCCAUCCCUGCUUAAGAAACACUAAGAAACUCCAUCUCUCUUUUAAGGGGAUUUUAAAAGACAAAACCAGAUGAUGGAGGGCAUUGGAGAAGGGAGGUGGGGUGGCUGGGAUCUCACCACAAUCAGUAAUAACACUAAUCUCGUUCUCUCCACACCAAAUUAGUAAAGUAAUGAGGACAGUGAGAACUUUCUGGAAACUUCUCUCUUUAGACCCUAAAGGGAGUACAGAAAACAUGAGUUUUCCUGGUGUGUUUAUUGUCAUAAAUAAAGCCCUAUAAUUCCUUCUGGCCCAUCCCCUGAGGGCCCUGUGUUGACUUACAGGCAGAGACUCUGCAGGGUAGCCCCCAUACCCCACCCCCACCCCUGCAGAGGCAGGACCUGGAGUUACCCCACUGCUCAUCUGUGAGGGAUUUGCCCACAAGCUUAUUCGCAAAACACAUUUGUUCUCUCCCUCUUGGCGUGUAAAGCGAAUGUCGACAUCUACUGUGUCUCUGGAACCAGGGGCGCACUGUGCACACACCCAGCUUCCAAGCGGGCUGGGGCUGGCAGGAGCCUCGGUGGGAAGGUGCCCCCACCCCUGCUCACCGCGCCUCGGCCAGGCAGGCUGCAGAGUGCUCCGAAUGGUUUUGAUUUGCAGCAGAGAGGAAACUCGAAAGCCAGACACCGAGACAGACACGGAUCCGGUCGUCAGGCCGACGGGCUGUGGGCGGUGCUGGCCCCCCCGCCCCUGCCUGCGUCUUUAUUACCGAGCUGGGGCUGGAGGCCUGUGAGCAAGGUUGAUGGCAACAGCAGAUGCACCGACCAGGCGGCCUGUGGCCAGGG